AUUAUCUUUUACAUCUUUUCUACAUGUUAAAUCGCUGCGAUACUUCGAUUACAAAUGUACGAAACAAUGAAACGUUCAAUUAUAAGAAAACGUUGAUUUGUGUUUUGAAGCAAUUUCUAGAAUCACUUCUUCAAAAUAUAAAAUAUGCUUAUAAAACAGCAUACUUUUGAAAGUAAGCAUGCACUUGUGAAAAUAUUGUUGUUUAUCGAUUUUGAAAAUGAUUUUUGUAAAUUAGGCAUAAUGUAUGUCAAUGUGCGAAUACAUAUUAUUGCAAGUGGUAAAGACUUGUUUCGUUAGUUGCCAUUUUUCUCCUAAAGAAACCGGAUUUGUUUUUUAGUGUACAUAGCGAAAAAUUUUUAACUAAAAUUGAUAUACCACAGCAUAUUAUCUAAUCAAUGUUUGUAAAUGUCAAUAACUUCAUGCAGGUAAAAAUCAAGAAAUUGUAUAAUGCAUUUACUAAAGCACUCGUUAUAAAUUUCUGUCAACCUCAUUCAUCGUUUACAAAUUUCAGCUAUGAAAAUGUCAUAGUUCAUAAAUUAAUGUUUCUUGCUUGUGUGAAUAUACAUGAACAUACAUACAGUAAUAGUGACGAUGAAAAUUUAGCAUGAAUGCUGCAUUUACUUUCUAAGUUCUUAGUAAUAACAGUGUUUCAUAGUGCACAGAAUCAUAAUAAAUGUCUACAGAACUUAUCACUACAUACAGAAUAAAGAAAAUAAUAGAAAGUCCUUUUCAAAUUGUUGAGGUUUUUGAUAAAACAAGGUAAAGUGAAAGCAAUAAGGUUAUGUUACCGUACAAUCUUAUAAAAACAAAAGAAUGCUCGAAAAGACGCGCGAAAACUGAAGUGUAUAAAUUGACUAAUCAUUAUGAUGAGGCCUGGAAGGAUGUUCGAUAGUCGUGAAAUUGGAAAACGAAUACGACGAUUAAUUGAUGGAAGUUAUUCCUAUCGCAAGAUACUUAUACUACUCAUCAUUUGUACUGGUAUAUUACUUUAUUUUGGUCCACCUUUUGCACAGUGGGUUUUCUCUUCCACUGGAGAGUCCAUACAAGCAUUUGAAGAUCAAUGCAUAAAUGAAAGGCUAGCACAAUUUCAUGCAGAUUCUGAAGAGUAUAAUGUAAAUAUUCUUCAUAAUCCUCCAAAAGAAAAGGAGCACCAGUAUUUACCAUAUAUUGGUAAUGGAGUAUUUGGAAUUCCUAUUGUACCAGAAGCUUUGAUAUAUAUAAAAAAAGGACGAGCAUUAUCAUUACCUAUACAAUGGCAACCAUUAAUAUUUCCACCUUUAUUUAAAAGUGCUUUCUAUCGUGAAGCUACAGUUACGCAUUUCACAAAUGGAAUUGUUUAUCACUAUCAAUGUCUGAGAGAAGGAUAUUAUACAGAAUUUCAGUAUUAUGCCCAUAGAGUAUUUGAUGCAAUACUGGUACAAGAUGUAAAAAUAACCAAUCCACUUUCAUUUUCUCAAAAUGUACCAUUAAAACCUCAAAUAUCUAUUCACUGGAGUAAUUCCCACACAGAAUCAACUAAAAUUCAAGUGGGUGACUUUAUGUAUGAAUAUAAUUUAAUUUCGGGUUUUGUUCCACUACCUAACUCAAAUAAGAUUGUGGCAGUAUCAAUACUUUAUAAAAUUCCACCCAAGAUAUUACAAAUUAAAGCAAGGAAUUCUUUAAAAUUAAAAUUUCUAACAAGUAUACAAUACAGUGAACCUAUAAUUAUGGACGAAUACCAUACCCAUUAUGAAACAACGAAGAAAAAAGCAAUAGAGGCAAUGAGAAAAGCACUUAGUAUUCAACAAGACAAUUUAAAAGAUGAUCAUAUUAAACUUUGGCAAAGUUACUGGUAUACAGGACUUAGAAUAAGUGAUUCUAAAGCUAAUGGUGCUAUUAAUGGUCAUAAAAUAAAUUCUACUACAUACUAUGUAUUAUCUCAAACCCCAAAUGGUACACCAGGGGUAGAAAAAAAUGUGAUCAUGAAUGAAGGUUGUUAUCGUGGGCAUCAUACUUUAGAUGCACCACGUUUAUGGAAAGAUACAUCAACUAUUGAUAAUGUGAAUAAUGUUGUAGAAGCAUGGUUAAUAACACUAGAAAAACAAGGUUGCCACCAUUUAAUGACUGGUGAUCCGAUAGCGGUGCAACAAGCUAUUGUUUUGAGCCUUGGUAGCUUACGGUUUAGCAAUCAGCAUCUCGAAUUCAACAUUGAUCCACAAUAUUUACAUCGCGACUAUUUAUUCAGGAGAAUAAGUUAUGGUAAUGUAACUCAUCUGAAUAUAUCAGUAACUGUUGGUGAAGAUAAUCGUGCAAUUUUGAGAGUAGCUUUAGACAAAAGUGAUAGUGUCUAUUUUGGCUGUGAUGCAGGGUGUUUAGAUGCACCUAUUUCCUUGAGUGAAUCAUACACGACUUUUCCGGUAAAAUUAACGAAGCCAUUAACAGCUAUACUGUAUAUAACAUCUGAUUACCAACAUAUGCAAGAUCUACGAAAUGCUUUACAUGUACAUGCUAUUGAUGAUGCUCCAGCACAUGAUCAUCUAGUAAUGGCUUUGCAUAAACAUGGACACCAAUUAGGAGGAUUACCAACACUUUUUUGGGUUAGCAUAUGCUUUCUUAUUAUUGUAUUUCAUUUGUUCCUUUUUAAACUUAUUAUUAAUGAAUAUUAUGGGCAUCAAGAUAAACAGAAAAUGAGAUAUAGUAAACUAUGAUUAUUUCAUAGAGUCAGUUUACAUUAAACGCGCAAAAUUAGCUAUCUUUAUAGCAUUAAAAGUUAUAAUAUGAAAAUUUAUAAACAUCUCUUAAAAAUCUCAUUAAUAUUGCCUCCUGAUAUAUUGUAUUUUUAUAUCUUACAACCUAAAAUGAAAUUUAAUAAUAUAUCAAAAUAUAAGCCUUUUUUAUAUUGGUAUUAAAACGCAAUAAAAGUUUUUCUGAUAAGUCUGAAUGAAGCAAAUGUAAGUAGACAUGUAUAUAAAUAUUCAUAUAAAUGUAUGUUAUUUUACGAAAUAUUUAACAUUCAAUUUCUUAAAAUAUCCUACAUGUAGUAAAAGGGAAAUAGAUUAUUUUGCAAAGCAAACAUAUUCUGAUAGUACUAUUUUUGUUCAUCAUUCUGUGUUCUAAAUUAAAAAAUGGAAUAACAUUACUGACAUGUAUCUAGAGCUACAAUUUUGAUAAUACAUGUAGUUAUUUAUUCUUUCUUGCAAUUUAAUAUAAAUUGAUAAA